UCUGCCUGGGCUGCUGCCCGCGACGCCACGCCGCUGAGCGCCCGGCCCGGAGGACCCGCCAAGGAUGGAGGCUGCGCGCCCCUUCAACGAGUCGCUGCUGUGCGGCCGGACCGGGAACGGCUCGGCCGGCGGCGUCUGGAACGGGACCGGCGGAGGCUGCGACGCUUCGCGGAGACCCCCGCGCGGAGCCGGAGCAGACCUGGACGUGACCGUGCGGAUCUUUCUCUACUCGGUGAUCUUCUUGCUGAGCGUCUUCGGCAACGUGCUGGUGAUCUGGGUGCUGGUGGCCAACAAGCGCCUGCGCACCGUCACCAACUCCUUCCUGCUCUCGCUGGCGCUCAGCGACCUCAUGGUGGCCGUCUUCUGCCUGCCCUUCAGCUUCAUCCCCAGCCUGAUGGGCACCUUCGUCUUUGGCAAGGUCGUCUGCAAGGCCGUCGCCUACCUCAUGGGGAUGGCGGUCAGCGUCUCCACCUUCAGCCUCGUCGCCAUCGCCAUCGAGCGCUACAACGCCAUCUGCAACCCGCUCCAGUCGCGCGUCUGGCAGACCCGCUCCCACGCCUACCGCGUCAUCGCCGCCACCUGGCUGAUCUCGGCUCUCCUGAUGCUGCCCUACCCCAUCUACACCACCACCACCACGCAGCCCGGAGAGCCCCACAUCACCCAGUGCACCCACAAGUGGCCCGGGAGCAACGUCAAGCAGGCCUGGUCCGUCCUGCUGCUGGUCACUCUCUUCCUGAUUCCAGGACUGGUGAUGAUCGUGGCCUAUGGACUGAUCUCCCGGGAGCUCUACAGGGGCAUCCAGUUUGAGAUGGACCUCACCCGGCAGGCCAAAGCCCAGCAGAACGGGGGAUCCACAGAGCCACUCCCGCCUUGCGUGGAGGAGGGCGACGGCUGCUACGUCCAGGUGUCCCGGCCGGCGGGGGGCGCGGUGGAGCUGUCGGUCCUGACCCCCGAGGACGGCUCCCAGCAGGAGGCGGCUCGCGUCAACACCUCCCGGGCGAAGCUGCUGGCCAAGCAGCGGGUGGUGCGCAUGCUGGUGGCCAUUGUGGUGCUCUUCUUCGUCUGCUGGCUGCCCCUCUACGCUGUCAACACCUGGCGGGCCUUUGACCCCCAGGCCGCCCACCGCGCCCUCUCGGGGACCCCCAUCUCCUUCAUCCAGCUGCUCUGCUUCGCCUCCGCCUGCGUCAACCCCUUCGUCUACUGCUUCAUGAACAAGCGCUUUCGCAAGGCCUUUGCCGCCACCUGCUCCUGCGGCCGGGCGGCCCCCUGCUGCCGGAGGCGCCCUCGGCCCCCCGAGGACGAGCUCACGGCCACGGGGGCCUCCCUCUCCAAGUUCAGCUACACCACCGUCAGCAGCGUCGGGCCCCCUUGACCCUGCCAGACAGCUCCGGGGGGGGUUGCCCCACAUCCCGAGACCCUCCCCCCGCUCCCUCGCACACCCUCCCCCAGGAGGCUUCACCGCCCUCCCCUUGGCUGUGUCUCUGGCACCCCAAACCUUUCCUCCCUGGCUCCCCUCUUACCUUGGUAAGGAAAGUCAGAAACCUCCUGGGGGGGUUGCAGAGGGAACUAAAGCGAGAGGGGCGUAAAGAGGAGCUGAGCUCUUCCUGCAUUGCAGGGGGUUGGACUAGAUGACCCAGGGGUCCCUUCCAACUCUACAGUUCUGCUAUCCCUGAGACAAUGCAGGUGGGGCCCAUUCACACCUUAGCUUAAUCUUGAAAAUACACCCCACUUCACACCACACACCCCUGUGUCUCCUUUAGUUCCCCCUCGCCCCCACACCAAAAGCAGCCCCAGACUUUUUCCCUGCUGCACCUGGAGUUUCCCCAUCCUCUGAAAAGGACAUCUGCUCUGCUUCAAAGGCCCUGCUGGGCACCUUGGUUUGGGCUGGCUUGCUUGUCAUCUUGUUAAUUUCGGGGUUUUUUAUGUGGAUGUUUUUUGUGUGGGAAGCAGGGCUGCUCUGAGGGCAGGUGGACAUGGAAACCCACUCCCCAAAUCGGUGGCCUUGGGUGCAGGUUUGGUGGGCCAUUCCGGAAGGGAGCAGCCUUCCUGCAGAGCCUUUCCUCAGUAGUCCCCCCGUCACCAUGGCCGCCCUCUAGAGAGCCAGGCAGGGGCUUCUCAGGAGACCCCCACCUGAGCCAAGAUGUUUGGCUGCUGAAGGUGGAAAACAAACUGGUUGUCCCCUCCCCCCCCGCCAUCCCACCCACAGGGAGCCACCUGGGCUGGCCGUGGGACCUGGCAAGGGGGCCACCCCUCUCGUAAGGCAGACCCUGACACUCUGCACAUCCCCUGAGGCUGCUCCCUGCAGUGGGGCCUGGGGUCUGCUUCCCUGUGCCCCUUCUCACUGCACACCCCCUGCUUCUGUUUGUGCCAGACCCCCCUUUUAGUGGGGGUCAGGGGUCUUUUUCAUGGUUGUGUGUCUGUCGGAAAAAUAAAGGUUCUCCAACGUAA